AUGUGCUUCAAGGUUGUCGAGCGCUUCUCCGUUUGCAAAUGUGUCUACUUUGAGCACUCGGUAGACCCAUGCUCUGCCUACGGUCAACGCGGCCACGCCGUCCAAGAAAAGACCGUGUUGGUUGGCUAUGCCUGCUCAAUACAUUCAACGCGGGCUACAUCCUCUUAUUCCUCCUCAUCAGUAACUGGUGGUCGGUCUGACUCGGGAUAUUUCAGCUCGAAGGGCUCCUAUCGUUAG